AUGCCAGAACCUUGCAAAGCCCAAGCUUGUGCCAUACAAGAUUGCCUGAAAAGUAAUCGUUACGACGAAUCAAAAUGUACCAAAUUUAUAGAUGAACUGUACGCAUGUUGCUCUCAGUUCUACAAGGAUAAUGGGGAAGAAAGUCGAACAGUUUGUUGUCCAAAUCCAAGUCUACUUUCCUUGAAAAUCAAACAGCGUCAGCAAGAAAAAAAGGAUGCUCGGUUGGUUAACUGA